UCCUCUUUUCUCUGUGUACGUACCACCCCAGCGUGGAAGAGGGCGAGAUUGGUGGCACCUCAGUGACGUCAGAGCCGAUCGUCAGGCGCAAACGGGGUUGCCCACCAAACUACGUUAGAAUGACGAGCCGAUAAACUAUCCAUCAGGGUUUUCUGCGGCGGGCGGGCCAACGGUCUUGGGGUAAACAAUCUAACGUUAUUUUCUGUUGAAAAAUCCAUCUCCGUGUUUCGCGAGGGAGUGGUUUGGUGCGCGAGGGGUGUAACUGGAAACGGUGAAAUGUGAAACGUCCGAGGAGUGCCCAAACGAGGGUUGGCUGAGUGAUCCUCUGGUUUCCAGGUGGCCGCCGUUGGUUUGGCCGACGAUGGCGAGCUCGGGGUCGGCUGUCGACGGGGUCGGUGUCGGCGUCGGCGUCGGCGUCGGCGAAAGCGACGGUACGACAGGUGUACCCAGUGGCGGGCCCAGGAACCCUCUGAUCUGCGCUGUCUGCCACGACUAUUACAACGAGCCCUGUCUGCUGUCCUGUUUUCACACGUUUUGUGCUCGCUGCAUCCGUAGCAUUGAUGGAAAGGUCACCUGUUCCACCUGCGGACAACAAACGCAGCUGGGUGAUGGAGCACAACUACCACCGUCCGAUCAGCUGAUACGUCAGCUAGUUGAGUUGGCCAACUCGAAGAACCCACCAUGUGCCAACUGCGACAAGAGAGACAAGUCUACAAUGUUCUUUUGUACAACAUGUGGACAAGCGCUGUGUACACACUGCAGGGAGCAUACGCAUCGUGCAAAAAUGUUUUCUUCGCAUGAAGUGGUGCACAUGAGCAAGUGCAGUAAAGACACCCAACGUCGUUGCUCAACUCAUGGGGAACCGUACAUAAUGUUCAGCCAGAGCGCAAAAUGCAUGCUCUGUGCCACCUGUUCCCGUGACACACCAGCCGAAGCCAGAAUACAUUGUGUAGACAUCGAGAGUGCUUACCAGCAAGCGUACAAGAAGAUGGAGAGAGCAGUGAAAUCAAUCCGGGAUCUGCAAGCGGGAGUGGAGGAUGGAGUGAGAGCUUUAAUGUCACAGCUAAAUGAACUACGACAUAGUUUAGAAUCUGAGAAGAAGGCGCUGAACUCGUUUUGUCAAGGCAUGCAGGAGGCCAUCACCAAGACUCAUGGGAGCGUGUUAACAGAGCUGCAGAGACAGUUCGAAACUAAGGAUAGAAUGGUUCGGAGCCAACUGCUGUCGCUAGGCAGCGCGCUUCCCGUAUUGCAAAUGCAUUUGAUGUUGUGCACCGCGUUCACCAACGACGCGACAAAGUUCCAAUUUCUCGAGCUAGCUCAUCCCAUGUUGGAACGACUGAGCCGCGUCGCCCAGCUGGGCCACCCAUCCAGACCACCGUUAAUGACUGCCUACUUGAAAACAAACUACAGAAACGAGUUCGCCAGGUCACUGCAGCCGUUCGUAGGGCAGGCGCAGACCCCGAAAGAGUCGUUGUACGAUCAAACUCAUGGGAUGAUGCAGCAGGAGCCACCGGUGAUUCAGUUUCUUUUUCACUGCAUUUCUCGUGCACACUUCUGUAGCAGCAAGGCUCCGCAGAGGGUCCCAACGAAAGGCGGAAUGGAUGGUGAACCGUUCUCCAACCACUGUAGGACGUUCGACAGUCGGCUGAAGGAAUUGAACCAGCAGUUGCUGAUGGUGAAGGAGCGCUUGGGGGAGCUUCAUCACGAUGUAUCUCUGUUGAGGAGGGCCAACACUCCGCCUCUGGGUUUACGCUACGAACAUGUGGUCAAGGACUGUCGGCUGCUAGAACGACAAUUGGAGCAUCAUCAGUUAGAAUUAGAGAAACUGAGGAAUGUGUUCGAUGGCUUAUGGGACGAACAAUUGUGUAGGAUUCGUAUAGAGAAGGAGAUCUUCCACUCUCAGAUGAACGAUAUAUUGUCUUUGAGGAGUCAGGUGAAGCAGCUGCAAAGCCUAGCCCAACAAUUGGAGCCAUUUAUAAAAUCCUUCACGACGGGUGUAACAGCCGGUGAAGUGAGCAUAGCAGUCUCAGACGCAGCUAGCAAUCAGGAUCUACAAGUGCUGCUGGAUCACCUGGCACGACUGCACAUGCAGGAGCCGUCGCAGCAGCCUCAGACUCAGGCGCCGACCAAGGAUCAUCGCCAGCAGCGUCCCACUGUCACCAGUGCCGACAAUGCUCUCUACAUGAAAGAAACAAAGGAGAUGCCAACGCGUUGCCUCACCCCAUCCGACGGGGUCGGAGCGGUGCUGGACUCCAGCGGAAACAUCAUCGCGUAUGCGACCCCUAGGCCAGCCGACUCCUCAAAGCGAGGAGUCCUCAGCCAGCUGAUUGAGAAGGCUAGGAGUAAAGACGACCGGAAGAAGUCGCCCGGCAGAGAGGACGGCCGUGAUCGAAGCCAGAGUCGACGGUCGAGGAAAUCGCCGGACGGUUCCAAACCGAAAACACCGCCUGGUCAUUCGUCGGCCAGCAAGGUGCGCUCCCUGUGUCGUUCCCUGAAGGGUGGCAGCGGUGACAAUUCCGCGGAAGGUCUCGACCGACCGGAAAGAUACGCAGACUCCCAGCAACCACAGUCACACACGACUGCAGGCGAGGAAGGGGAGUACCAGCGGAUUUCCGAAGCGUCCAGCAUGGGCGAGGCGAAGAAACGUGUCCAGGCGCAGGUGCACGCUGUUCCGGACGAGCAUCCGAUACCGCCCGGCAAGGGCGUGAAAGUGUACCCGGCCAGUGACUCGGAGGACGUGUUCUACGCGGACGACAAAGCGUCGACGGAGGUGAGGAGGCGUCGGCGCGCGAGUUGCGACAGUCUGAGCACCACCGGCUCCGGUAGCAGACGGUCGAGCAUCGCCGAUGGGACGGUAGGUCAAUCCGCGCAGGAACCAAGGAAAACACUGGUUGUUUUGAUCGGGCCUACAUCGAAGUCGUCGUCUCUGGUGCAGAAGCAGCGUUCCUGGGAAACGUUUCCGCGGCUCAAGAACAAACGGAGCAGCGAAGGCGCCACUGCGUCUCUUGGCCAGCUCAAGAAAUCGGACAGCUUCGAGGGACACGAGGAGGACGUGCGCAACUUGGUGGCGGCGGUUCAGGAGACCAGGUCGCAUGAGUACUAUCACUACAUGCAUCAUCGCCGCCAUCACAGGAAGAGCAAGACGAAUUGAAGCGCCGCUUCGAUACGGGGAUAGUCAGGGUGCGGGUUCGGGGAGCUUUCCGAGGUGUCCUGACCAGAUAGUCGGACGGCCGGAGAGCCGAUUGUCUGCAUCAGCUGGCAAUCCUCUUCUCUGACUAGACGCAAAUGCUUGGCGACAGUAGACCAACACAAUACACCAUCCAUUUUCAGUUUCUCCUAGCGUAGUUCUCUUUAGUCAAGAUGUUAGGUUGUAUGCUAUUUACACCCGAAGCAUAAUCCAACUUUAGAACCUGUACGAUUGAGUUUCUCUGGAAGCAUGGUAUAAAAUGGAAGGAUGAGAGUUGUGGAAGAGAUUGCUUCACUCUCAAUAACAGAACAGUUGAUCGUUUCAGAAUGAUUUUAAGCAAAGGUAUAUCAGUAGGUUGCGGUGUCUGUUUUAUACUAUACCAAGUUAUCAGUCUCUAUUAUCUUGAAGCUGCCAGCUCCUCCUUUAAUAGUGCUUAUCUUGAUUUGUCCUAGUUUCGUUUGAUUUCAACUAUCUUCAAAGUUGACAGAUACGAGUGUCUACUUCUAUAUUUCUCUGAUAUUUAACCACGAGAGGAGCUAGCAAGAAGUUUAAUGAGUUCUUGUAGGGACGUUCAUUCAAUGAUGCUAGGAAGAUUGUUCAGUCUUUCCUUUGUAAAAACAAUCGUCCGUGAUACCAUCGUUCGUUUGAUGUUGCUUUUAAUGAAUCGGUGGCGAAAAGAGCGAACCUGAAACACGGUACUUACGUUAGAUCGAUCAUGCUGUUGAGUAACGUAGAUUUAUUCGGCCGCGCGUCCGGCUAUCUGGGACGGAAUCGAAAACCCUCCAAACACCUAGCGUACAUUCGGGAAAGUAUAAUCGAAGGACUAUACCUUUCGAUCAUUAGUACAUUGUUAAUUAGUAGAGAAAUAUUGUUACGCGAAAGGGUCCCACGAGAUUCUUUUCGACCAUUUUGAACGUUUUAUUAGGAGAUAUUACGGACACGAACGAUGAUCAAAGGGCAUUUCGCGUGACGUGUAUAAAUAUAUUGUAUGCAUUGAAAUCGAGCGCGAUCACGAGAGUCAAGAAUCAUUCGUUUGGAUGAAUGAGAAAGGAAAAGAACGAGGACGGAAAGAAUAAAUAUCGCCGCCACCUUCGAGGAUGCGCACCUUCAAAACUAGACUGCGGAUUUUAUGCAUUCAUAACGUACGAUGGUCGUCGAACAUUCAUCUUUUGUGAACAGUCCAACUCGGGCUGCAACCCUUGCGCAACGUUCAGAAAUUACAUUAAUCGAUCCCUUGUCCGUGCAACCAGACCAAACAAGUUCGAAGCUUUAAUAUUUACAAUUUCUUGCAUAAAUACUUAUUUUGAAAAUUCAACAUUGCUCAAAAAAAAAAAAGAAAAAAAAAUAGAUCUUGCGGCAUUUUCACUGAACGGUGACAAAAUUCUCAAAGGAAUUAUAGAAAUGAAUCUCCGUUUGCGCUUGGACAAGGAGUCGAAAAUGAUGCCGAUGAUAGAAAUUGAUGAAAAAGUGGCAGCGCGCAGGGGUUAACGAAGUUUCAAUCUUGUUUAAUAAACAUCUGUUUCUUGCAUAAACAUCCGCGGCCAGCUCAAACGAACAUCACCUUCGCGAACGACCAUAACGCAUAAUGGUUUUCAUGUUUCGUUCUCGUCGAUCCCCCAAUUCGUCGAGUUUUCUACACCCGUUUUGUGUCUGGUCAACGGGUUGUUUCAGGGUCGUCAACAGAGCCUUCAGCGUAGAACGCUUCUCCGUUUUUUAUUGAAUAGCUUUUUUAUUGCACUUUGAAGCGCCGAAGGUCACGAUGUAUCGCUGCCACUAGUGGAGUAAUACGUAAACAGAAAAUUCGAAAAAAAGAAGACGAUGAAGAGGACGAGGAAGGAAGAACGAUUACGCGUUGCCCGGUAUACUCGUCGUUGACGAAACACCUCCAGCGACGUUUCGAAACGGAGACUCGACUCGAAAUCAGCGUGGUUUUACGAUCUUCUCGUCGAUUAACUCUUCGAGGCUGGAGAUUCCUGGAAACCAACGGAAUUUUACAUUUUCUUUUAUUUAUGUUGCGCGCGACACGAUUACUAGGCGUAGAAAAAAAUUCUGCGGCAUUAAAUUCCUCUUUCUCAACUGUUCAAGGCAUUUGUUAAAUCAACGAUUACGACUAUAAUGAUGAUACAAAUACUUUUAUUUUAUUUCUCAUAAAAAUCUGGCAUUUACUGUAGAAACUGCAGAAGCAAAUUAACAUUUGUGAUGGUUUCAAAUGCAUAAAAUUCGCAGUCUGUGGAAAGUUAUCGUUAUAUGUAUAUAUCACAGCUAUCAGAAAGCAGAUGAACUAUUGAGUUUAUUUACAUAGUUUCAAGUCUGCAGAAUUUUUCCUGUGCCUAAUAGUCGCUGAUCCAAGAGUGGAACAGGUUCCAAAAUCGAUGACUAAACCACGAAGAGGACAUUUUAUCACGGAUUUCAUUAGCUGAGUAUCGAGUCUCCAAAGCUGCUCAAGAUAAAAUUGAUCGAUCGAACUGAUUCAUUGUAAUUAGAGUUUAUAUACACAGAAAUACGUGGCGACGUGGCUACUUUGUAAUAAUUAAGAAAAGAAAAGAAAAAAACAGAAUAUACGAGAAACAGUUACACGUGUACACACCGACGUCGCGCGACGAAUUUAUCCCGUUGGGUGGAGGAAGUUGUAGUUAGCGAACUUAAACACUGCCAGCCACAGUACAUAUUACGAAUUUAAACGACAACACUCCCCCGCUCGAGAAGCAACAAUAGCCUAAUCGCGAAAAUACUCGUAUGGGGAUGCAUCGUCCGCCACGUUCCAUCGAUCAGAGGAUAUAAUAUGAACAGUGGUAACGAAGGAUGCACAAGCAUUCCACGUGGAUUUAUUAAAAUGAUCGCAACUUCCGGUAGGAUGCAUGCAGACGAUCCUCGCGAGAGUCAAACACGAUCGAUAGAAAUGGUCAUGGAUCCGAGAACGGAUCGCGCGGACGUUACCAAUUAUAGAAAAUGUACGCGACUAAGCAUGUAUGAGAACUGUCGAAUUGCUGAUAAUAGAGAAAUAUACAAGUUACCGAGUA